AUGUCAACUUCGGAGGGUAGUGGUGGGCAGCGUGUUGCCAGCACGACCGCCAUGGGUAGUGGUGGCAGCAGCAGCAAAGCCGUGUCGUUUGCGACGGCGCGCGGGAUUGAUGCCAUGCAGUUUGCCGAGUCGCGCAUCCAAGAGAUCAAGGGCCUCCUCUCAACCCUCUCUGGCCCAGAUCGCGUCCGCCGCGUGAGCGACAUGUCAACUUCGGAGGGUAGUGGUGGGCAGCGUGUUGCCAGCACGACCGCCAUGGGUAGUGGUGGCAGCAGCAGCAAAGCCGUGUCGUUUGCGACGGCGCGCGGGAUUGAUGCCAUGCAGUUUGCCGAGUCGCGCAUCCAAGAGAUCAAGGGCCUCCUCUCAACCCUCUCUGGCCCAGAUCGCGUCCGCCGCGUGGUGCCAUCAAACGAUGCCGAGGCAUAUGCGCCGAAGGGCAACCAGCCACAACGUCAAGCGGCUGCCCAUUCGUCUUCGCCAAGCAGCAAUUAG